AUACCCCCUCCUUCCCCUCCCUCUCUGGACACCUCCUCACUGUUGGAUUAUGGGGAUGAUGUACACCUGAGUUUUGUAGCAGGGGUGGUCCAUCCAUGGAAAGUGUCAGCGUUCGAGCGACUGCUGUGGAGAGCCUGUCGAGGUUAUAUCAUCGCCGAUUUCCAAGAGAUGGAGGAGAAUUUGGAGUUACCUGAAAUGGAUGAAAUGGUGAAGUGGACCGUCUUUCUCAUCUCCUACUGGGGCGACAACAUCGGUCAAAAAGUGAAGAAAAUCUGUGACUGGUUAGUCUCAGAGGGUGAUUGAUAGGUUUGCUGCCUGAGGUAGAACGAGAGGAGUUAAACUGCUCUUGUUAAUAAUUUUUGUUGUGUUUUUCUUUUGGAUAAUUGAACAUUUCAAUUCAGCACUGCCUGAGAAAAUGGCCCACAGCAGCACUGACAUCAUCAUCACAGCCAAAGUGACCACUGAGCUCCUUCUUCAUCUUGGGAAGAGGAAGUGGUCUGAGGCUGCCAAAUCAGUUGAAUACAACAGGUGUUGGACACGUUCAAAUCCACAUUUGGUGGAUGACAGGAUGAAA